GCAGACAUAUUGAGCUUUUAAACGUUUCAUUUAAAGAAGACAUUGACCAGGCGCCAAAUGUGGAAGGCGGAGGGCAGACUAUCGGGAUUAUUGUUCCUUCCCGCCGCACUUCUUCGUCACCGUUAUAUUCAAACUCUGGAUCCAUCAUUCUGUAUUCUUCCUGUCAGGAAAAGCCUCAGGGCGGAAGGUGAAGGCUUCUAUGGCGGAUCACCCCCGCUUUUUUAUCUAGGCAAUGGCGAUGCUUGACCCCGCAAAGAACCGUCAAAAGUUCACCGCCACCCUGGACUGGAAAAGAAGCUCCGCCUCGAGGAGGGGCGUGGUUUACAGAACGGUUCUGUUUCCGAGAAAUACACAAAUUGUCUGUGCCAUUCAAUCAAAAUUAUGGGAUUAUUUGAUAAACUGGCAAGUUGGCUUGGUCUGAAAAAGAAAGAAGUUCAUGUUCUGUGCCUUGGAUUAGACAACAGUGGUAAAACAACAAUUAUCAACAAGUUAAAACCAUAUAAUGCUCAAGCUCAAGAUAUUGUUCCUACAAUAGGAUUCAGUAUAGAGAAAUUCAAAACAUCUAGGUAUUUAUCAUUCACUGUGUUUGAUAUGUCAGGUCAAGGAAGAUACAGAAAUCUCUGGGAACAUUAUUAUAAAGAUUGUCAGGCCAUUAUUUUUGUCAUUGAUAGCAGUGACAUACUAAGAAUGGUUGUGGCCAAGGAAGAACUUGACACUCUCUUGACUCAUCCAGAUCUCAAACACCGCCGAAUACCAAUUUUGUUUUUUGCAAACAAGAUGGAUCUUAGAGAUGCUGUAUCCUCUGUUAAAGUCUCUCAUUUACUGACAUUAGAGAACAUCAAAGACAAGCCAUGGCAGAUCUGUGCUAGUGAUGCUCUUAAAGGAGAAGGAUUGCAAGAAGGUGUGGACUGGCUACAAGAUCAGAUCCAAAUAAUGAAGACAUGAAAAGCUAAUAUGCGAAUGGAAAUAUUAAAGAUAAUUUAUAGAUACUGAAGGCCUUGGAGACAAAAACUUUAGGCCUGUGUGUUUUCUUGUGUUGGUUUUUAUAAAAGCCUUUAAACAUAAAAUAGUAUUUUUGCUAAUAGUUCAUAAUGGCCAUAAUGUGACCAGAGAUUCAGGUGAGGUCAAAUAAAACAAUGAAGUAAUUGUAUACUAUUCAAAAACAUUUGGUAUAUUUUUGUUUGAUUUUUAGUUAGAACUUAGGGGAAAACAUAUAUCUUAACAAAAAUGAUUACUGAAAAGCUUUGCAUAGUGUCUUACAUUCAAAACUUAACACUGGCCAUGUCUCUUCCUGAACUAAAAUUAAAUGUAAUAGUCUUAAGAAAGAAAGAAAAAUGCUGUAAAACUUAAACUUAGUGCACUUCUUGUUGUUUUAAACGUUUUUUCCUGCAGCUGAAAAGACUACUUUUGUCACUUUUCUUCCCCAUCCAUUUUUUAUCAUCGUGUUGAAUUAUCUAGGCCAUAGAUCAUGGUUUACCCUAACUCUUGUGUACAAAAUAACUGCAAACCAUAGUCUGAAAUUUGACUAUAAAUCUGUUUUAUAUAACGAAGUAUUGAGAAAGAGAA